AUGUCGUUCUACUCAAUUGCCGGCACCCAAUUACACUGGCGUAACGCUGCAUUUGUUAGCGGCGAGCCGUCACACGUUCUUUCAAAUGACAGUAUCGAGUUGAGCCACCAACUAACCUUCGGCCAAGGAGACUUUGUCGAUCGGCUGUUCAAGUCGCCAGGUUGGAAAUUUGUCGUGGUUCUCUUCAGUAGUCUCAUGGUGUACGAGAUUGUGCUGUUUAUUAUCCUACCACCAGAGCCAACCUUCAUCUUUAUGUCCUGGGCCGUUCUAGCGUUGCCCGUCAUUGACGUACAUGCCUCGUCUGCACUCGGUGUUUUGCACCCCAUUUUCGGCGCUGGUCCAUUGCCAUGGCUGCCAAACGGCACCACACUCCAGGGGUUCGAGGACUGGCAUAUUUCCCUGAUCAAACUGGAAAGCACUCGAAAAGACGUAUUUCCGUUUAAGAAGGAUGGCUAUAUUUGGAAAAAGCUGGCGGAAACUUUUCGCGACGAAAGGAUUCCUGAGCACGCCCUCGAACGGCUGCACACUAGGCACACUGACCCCAACAGCGAACCGCAUGACGGAUUCCACCACUUGAACAAAACGCCCAGAGGAAGUAUAAGCUUCGACAACGCAUUUACGACUGCUUCAUAUACACGAAAAUGCUUUACGGGCACAUUAUGCGGCGUCACGCCUCUCGUCGCAGAUUUCAACGUCGAAUUCAAAAACCAUCUCUAUCAGCCUUGCUUUCCUCAGAUCUGCAACGCCUUCAAUAAAAGCUACGUUGAUCGGUGGAUGAAUAAGAUUCUAGGCAUCCUGGACGAGCAACGAGUCGCCAAUGAGACAUUGGUCGUCGCCGUGCGCGACCACGGCUUGUCCAUCGCUGAGAAUCACGGCGUGACAGCCUACCUGAACCCUAACGUGGCAAAUUUUCAUGUUCCCUUGGUGCUUUCCCAUCCACAGCUACCAACACUUCACAGCAAUGCCGCAGUGCAGUCCCUCCAGAUCUUGCCAACCAUUUUGGAUCUCUUGCUGGAGACAAGGUCGCUGCCGGACGAGGCUUUACAAGCAGCGACCGAUCUUUUGGGCCUUUAUGAAGGCCAAUCUUUGAUUCGGCUCACUCAUACUGAAUCAAGAAAGACUGGUCAGCCUAACUGGCAAUUUACCGUCAUGAACCCCGGUAAAGCGACGCUAGGUGUGCGAAGUGCUCGUGACCCAGCGUGGCGCCUUGUGGUGCCCCUUGUCGAAGACAUGGAGUGGCGCUUCACGAACCUCGAGAACUUUCCCAAUGAAACAGAAGAAAUUGUUGACUUUGGUUAUACUUCAUUCCUCGGGACAAUUGAAGAGAUACACGGAAAAGGCGCGGCUGUAUGGGCGGAGGAAGCCGCCUUCCUGGCGCGGUGGUGGGUAGACGAAAAUCGAAGACGAUAUCGCUACACAGAGUAG